CUCUCUCUCUCUGUGUAGGCGCGUCAACAGCUCGCGUGUGUGUCGCGGCGUCACGCAGGAACUUAACAGGAGCUCGACCUUGACAGACUGAGAGACCAUCCUCCUCCUCAUCCUCAUCCUCAUCCUCGGCGCGAGGUCCAGUUCAGCGCGCGUGAAGCUCAGCUGGCAUUUCCUGGGAGACAACAGCAGCGUUGUACAUCGCCAACAGGAGUGUCCUUUGACUGCUGUCUCAAACUGCUAAUUAUUGCCCAGAAUUAUUCACCUCAGUCGCAUUUUGAAGUUUCGUAAAGAAAGAACAAAGAGAGGGUUUCGGGUGUAAGGGACUGCUGCUGUCACGAUGGACGCCCAAUCACAAGGCCAGCAGCCUCCAGUGCCAGUGUUUCAGCCACAGAAAAUCCAACAGGAUAUGGGCUAUAACAGUUUAGCCAAUUUUCACAUUGAAAAAAAGAUUGGAAGAGGACAGUUCAGCGAGGUUUAUCGAGCUACAUACAUGCUAGACCAUACACCAGUAGCUUUGAAAAAAGUGCAGAUAUUCGACUUGAUGGAUGCCAAAGCUCGGCAAGAUUGCAUCAAAGAAAUAGAUCUCCUGAAGCAAUUGAACCACCCCAAUGUAAUUAAAUACCACGCGUCAUUCAUUGAAGAGAAUGAGCUAAAUAUAGUACUGGAACUCGCAGACGCCGGGGACCUCUCACAAAUGAUAAAGCAUUUCAAGAAACAAAAACGGCUGAUUCCUGAGAAGACAGUAUGGAAGUACUUUGUUCAGCUGUGUAGCGCACUGGAGCACAUGCACUCCCGUCGUGUCAUGCACAGAGACAUUAAACCCGCUAAUGUCUUCAUCACAGCCACUGGAGUGGUGAAACUGGGCGACUUAGGCUUGGGACGUUUCUUCAGUUCCAAAACAACCGCAGCUCAUUCUCUAGUGGGCACCCCAUAUUACAUGUCUCCCGAGCGAAUACACGAAAACGGAUAUAACUUCAAAUCUGACAUCUGGUCGCUAGGCUGCCUGCUCUAUGAGAUGGCCGCCUUGCAGAGUCCAUUCUACGGGGACAAAAUGAACCUCUACUCGCUGUGUAAAAAGAUUGAGCAGUGUGACUACCCGCCGCUACCGUCUGACCAUUACUCUGAAGAGCUGAGAAAAGUGGUAGAUAUGUGCAUCAACCCUGACCCAGAGAAAAGACCCGACAUCACCUACAUAUAUGGCAUCGCCAAACACAUGCACGCCUUGACGAUCGCAAACUGAGUCUGCUACCCGAUUCCUUUUGCUUCUACUUUUAAGACCUUCGUCUGGCCCACAAAUGUCAUUUAAAGCUUGUUUUGCUCCAUCGUAAUGCAACCUGGCAUCUUUCAGUACAAAAAAUACAAAAUAAGGCACAAAGCAAGGCCUUUGGUUUACUAGAACUACAUCAAAAAGGCAAAAAUGACCAUUGACCUUUACAUAUAGCACUUCUAAGAAGAAAAAGCAAAGAUAAGCAGUGUUGUAAACUGGUUUGACUUGAUUUUAGCUCUUUCAUAUGUUGGUAUUAUGCGAUGAUUGCAUAUUUACCUCCAUUUUUUUGUCCUGUCAUUACUAGCAUGAAAUGUAAAUCUGACAUGCUUUUCAAAAUCCCGUUCCAAGAACUUUUUCACAGCAAAACGUUAUGAGAAAAACAUCUCUAUAAAAAGAGAAUUAAAAUUCCCCUUAAAAAGCAACUUUGUUGCAUUCGAAAUUUCAGAGGUUUGUCGUUCUGUUAAAAGAGCAUGAGAUCAUAGUGGUAUUUGUCACAAUUUCCAUGGACUAAAUAACUAGCCCAUAUCUAAACCUCAGCAGUUUGUUCUUGCAUCUUGCUGUGAUGCUAUAAAAACAUGCAUUCAAUCCAAGUAUUUCCUGUCCGUCCUUCCCGAACCUAAAUAUAUUUAUUGCAAUACUUCUUGGGAUUUUAAGCCUUAGACCUUUGCAGUUUAAAAUGCGUUAAAUAAAUCAUAGAUCAUGACAAUACGUUUGCGUUUGCCAGCUAUCGUGUAACGCAUUCAGGGUGAAGUCUGUUUCUUAAAGGCAAAUUCAUCCCAGUAUCCGCACCUCUACGGCUGAUACUUGAACUUUAAUAAAUGAUUAAUGCAAAGGCGUCACUUGCAAUGCAGUAACUUAUAAAUAUUCACACAGUGCCUUGUUCUGUACUUCAGAAAGCGCAAAAACAGAGCCUUUCUUCCUGUAAACCAAAACACGUUUUUUUUUUUGCAGAAUUGGCAACAAUUACAUCAUUCAGUCGCUUUACAUGAAACACACCUGGUGUGUCGAGUAUCCUGAAAGAGGUACGUUUACAAAUGACUUUUUGCAAUGCAACGUGUGAGCCCGUUCGACCUCGUACACUUCCAGACUGUAACUCUGUGCUCCUGUCCUGCUUUCCAGAAUGUGGCUUGUGAUCUUUGGCAGACUCGGUCUAAUAUGAGUUACACAAACGUAUGAAGUUAUACUAUACAGACAGCAGCUAUUGCGCAGCACCUUUUGCAGACAGUAGGAUUUGCUGUGAUAGUACCAAAUAUAAAAUGGUAUGUUAUUUUUCUAACUUUAGUCAAGAGCAUUUUUAGUGUUUACCUUCUUCUUUUUACUGUAUUUUCAGUAAUCACCUUUUUCUUUCGUCUUUUGUUAACACGAUAAGAGAUUAUGCUUGUUGCCUUAUAGAUAAUAGUAUGUAUUUAUCUUGACGAGGCACGCGAGGCCUGUUCCAGCGAGAUCUGGAUCCUUUACCGCGGUAAAGCACACAUGAAUCAAACGCUCACUGUCUGCCAGACUGUACUCUCUCUACUUCCACCCAAAUCAUUUGAGAGGGGAAGGAAAGAAAGGCAACUUUUUAUUUAUUUGUCUUUUUUGACGGUUCAUUUGAACAUGUUUAACAUUCAAGAUGCACAUUAAUUCUUUAUAUGCUAAUUGAAAUGAAAAAAAAUAAAUAAAAAAAUUAAAUGACUUCAACAUUUUACAUUGGUGUUGUGAUUAUUUAAAGUUUGAACUGACUAUGUAUAUUCAUUUAGCAUUUGCAAAAUUAGCAUAACAUUUAAACUUUUUAACUAAAUCUCUAUAUUUUGCUGCGUUCUUAGUCGUUUUAAUUGCACUUGCCAAUCAAUCCCCCAAAGCGUCGCCCACUCAUAUUUGCUUGUGUUUAUUUGUAUUCUUUUAGCGACUGUCUCCACUUAGCCCUGAGCUUUUUUUUUUAGCUGCCAGCGUGUCACGCUCGUGCCCCAGGGUCCGCGUCCGGCUUAUCCCCUCCAGGAAAGACAUCGGCAAGGGGACUAUUUCCUCUC